AUAGAUGAUUAAAAAAGAUAGAUAAGAAGUAGUAGUUAGGAUCAUAAUUAAAUAUAUGAUAUCUCUUUUUUUUAAUAAUAAUAAUAAUAAUAAUAAUAAUAAUAAUAAUAAUAGAAGUUUGAGCAAGGGUUAAAUUUUUUUAAAAAAUCAAUAUUUAUAUUUUAGUAGAUUUUGGAACUUUGAGAUUUUUUUUUCAAAUAUUAGCUAAAUUUUCUUAUCAAAACAAAUUUCGCCACAUUUUGAAACGACGUACUUUCAAAAAUCUAUGGUCCCAAAUCCUAAGAAAAGUAGUAGUUUGAUUUUCUUUUUUGUUUGAAUUUGAAUUUAUUCAUCACACUAUAUUUAUGGGAUGGUGGGCCCUGGUUACCUCGUACUUUUCAUACACGGAAGCAUGGUAGACAUACAGUCCUACAUCUACUUGAUCACUGAUUUCCUACUCCUAUUAGGCUACUCUUCCACUUCUCUUCAAUUUCGUCCUACUUCUCAUUAUGUUAUUUGGGUUUCUCUAUAAACCCCUUUCCUUCUUUUUUCCCUGCAGAGCUUUCCCUCUCCAACGGAUUAUACAUAUGUUCGUAAUGGACUUUACAAGUAGAGGCUCCAUUACAAGUAGAGGCAGAGCCUGGAUCGAAAAAAUUGGUGAAAAGCUGGAAAGUCUGUGUUCUGAAGUUGAUGCUCGAUCUCAGGAACACUUUGGUUUUGUCGAAAGCCAAUUGCAGCUGGCGGGUGCAAAUCUGAAACAAUUUUGUUCAGAAUUUAUUCAAGAAAUACUCCCUGCAUCUUUGUCAGUUGGCGAGGUGGAGACCAGUAAUUUAUCUUCAGAACGAAAUACAGAAGAACAACAGCCAGCUUCCGAGUUGUCGAACAUCAGUGUGCAAGAAGAUAAUAAGGAUGAACUUUCCCGUCCAAACUCGUUCUAUCCCGAGCUAGCGGUGGAAACUAUGGAAGGAUUGCAUGCUGAUUCAUCACUUCCGCCACAAGCAGAUAAGGUGGUGAAGAUGUCUAUUGAAGGUAAUUUGGAAAAGGCACUCUCUUUUUCUGGUAAAAGUUCAGCAGUAGUUGCUUCUACUGAGGAAACUUUAAAAAUGACAUUACCAUCUUGUGAGGGUGAUAAAGGAGUUGAAGGUCCUGCCAAAUCUUCAUCAAGUGCAUCAUCAGUUGAAUCCCUAGAAUUUGACACUUCUAUGCAAGAGGGGAAAACUAUAGAUUUCAUGGAUCUUGGUUUUAGCACUUCGAAUGGCCCAUCAUUAACUUGUUCAACUUACUCUAUUGAGUCACAAGAAGGUGUUGUUCCUGUUUUUGACGAAAUAAAUUCUAAUGCAGCACUUCCAGCAGUAUCAAAUGGAGCGUCUGUGGAACAUCCUGUAAAUGAACCAGCCAUUGACUUGGUUUCUGAAGUGGAGUUUGAUGGAAACUGUGUUCUGGUUGAUAAGGAUGAUGUGUUUUCAGGCUCUGAAUUCCAUGGAGCUCAAAUCUCUAACAAGAAAAAUCUGCCAAUGUUAAAGGUAAAACCAGGAAAGCAGAGAAACAAGGACACGACCAAAUGUGAGGAUCACAGUGUGGAAUUAGAGCAUUCAAAUGUAAAGUGCAAGACAGAAACUUAUCCAAAAGAGAAGUUGGAAUUGUCACAAGAAGGCUUUUGUGAAUCAGACUGGGAGAUCAUCUAAACAAAUCCAAGUGAAACUCCAGCAAUGUCAUGACAGUAAUUUAGACAAGGAAGCCUCGAGGAACAGCUUAAGGAGAUUUAAUAAAGAAGUGUCAAUGCUGUUUUGACAUUAGAUUAAUCUGUCUCUUAUUGACUGUGUUCUCGAGAUGGAUGUUUUAUGUUUUUUAUCGAUGAGUGUAUCAAUUUUCGCUCA